ACAUGGCCACAACCAAUUUGACUCACGAAGACAAACGAACUGGGUCUUUCGAAGAACUUCGCUGCUCGAGCACUUUCACCAGUGGAAUACACCAGCAUCUGAUUUGGAUUUCAGCAAUGAAUACCUUUCUUUCUAUUAUUUCUGUUGUUGGCAAUUUUCUCAUUUUAGCCGCCCUUCGAAGGGAAUCUUCUGUUCACCCGCCAUCAAAACUUUUUCUACGUUGUCUGGCCGUAAGUGACUUGAGCGUUGGUCUUCUUGCAGAACCUCUUAACGUUAUCUACUGGAUGUCACUGGUUUAUCAAAACUGGGAUCUUUGCCGGUUCGCGUCGGCCGCAUCGUUUAUGGUGGGCUAUGUAUUAGCUUCAGUUUCCUUGUUCACGCUGACUGCGAUAAGCGUGGAUAGACUUCUCGCUCUGCUACUAAGCUUAAGGUACAAAUAUGUUGUGACUAUAAAGCGAACAUACAUAGUCGUUGGUAUCUUUUGGGGAUUAUCCACUGCCGCAGCAGUAUCAUCCCUUCGAACGCACCUUAUUACCUUUUGGUACAGCCGUAUAGGAAUAUCAUUAUGUCUAACAACGUCGAUUCUUUCUUACACGAAGAUUUUCAUUACACUUCUUCGUCGUCGAGCGCAAGUUCGCGUUGAAAUUGAACAACCCGUGCCUAGCGAUCAAAGUGUGCUUAACAUUGCACGGUACAAAAAGGCUGUGUACUCUGCGCUUUGGAUACAAAUGGCGCUAGUUGCUUGUUAUCUCCCUUACAGUGUAGUAACAGCCUUGCUUAGUUACAGAAGGCCGUCUCAGUCUUUUUUUCUUGCUUGGGUCAUAGCAGUGAGUUUGGUUUACGUAAACUCUUCCUUAAAUCCAAUUCUUUAUUGCUGGAAGAUUACUGAAGUGAGGCGAGCAGUAAAGGAGACGAUCAGAAAUUUACUCUGCUGCAGAUAAUCACAGAGUUGAAUAAUUGCCGCAUUAAAAGAGUAAAAAUAUAGAGAAAUAUUUAUAACUUUGUUUAGAAAAUAGCAUGAAUAUAAAAUAGCCUGGAAAAGUUGUUCUCUGCCCUACAGACCCCGUUUUUUUGCUCAGAAAAAAAAAAAAAAAAAAGUUCUACCAGAAGUAUUGUAUAUUAAUUAAUCUAAGUAUGGUUAAGUCGACAGUUCGGUCCUUUUUUUUUUCGAGAUCGUUUUGCAAUCCUGAGUGAUAUCUAUCAUUGGACUACAACAACGGAUAAGAUUGUUAUCGUUCAUACUGGAAAGAUCCAUUAAGCUUUAUGUAAUUAGCUAAAAGCUUUCAAUCAAUCAAACAGACGAUUUUUACUAAUACAACCUGCCUUAUAAGAAGCGAUAAAUUAUUUUUAGCAUGUAUACACCGUACAGUUGAUCGGUACUUUUCGCACAAGCUGAUUGGCUGGUACGGAGGUGACUAGCAAGUACAAUUCACCGCCGAGCAGCUGAUGAGACCGUUAAAACUUUUUUUUUUUUUUUCUUGGUUGAUGGUUGGUUUCUGUGCGGUAAACACUAAAUUAAUUAUUCACCUCCACGAUGAAAAUAAUUUUUGACAAUAGACGGUGAGAGAGAAAAUUUCAUUCAACUUUUUUGAAAAUCGUUAUUUUUAAUGAAAGAAACU